CGACAGCAUCCAUCACCUCCACCCCUCUGCUCGGCCCUCUCUUUUCUUUUUUUACCUUUCCCGCUCUUUUGUUACGACAUAUCCUCCCCUCCAUUCAAAUCAGCACACUCACUCAACCCACCCAUACCUCUUAAAUAAUCCGCCAUGCUCGUCAACGUUGCUUCGAUUGCCAUUGCCCUGUUAGUCUUUGGCUCUGUCGCCUCUGCUGCCCCUGGCAACUCCGGCCAGAUUGUCCAGAUUAAGUCAGGCUCGAACUGGUGCAUGAUGAUGCCUCCUGAGGAGGGCGGUGAUAUUGCCCUGAACGAGGAUCGUGCCAUCGCCUUCUGCACCAACGACGACUCGGAUGCCCCUGGCGCAAAGAUCUUCCCCAGCGGAUUCAUCCACUCCGCCCACUUUGCUACCGGAAACGGAUACGUCCAGGUCACUGGCCAAAUCGACCGUACCCGCUACUCCCUCGCCGAGGCUGACCUGGGCGGCCAGUACGAUAUCAAGGCUCCUGUCGGAUCCGCAUGCGCUGGUUAUAACCACUAUGUGAACUUGAUUGAGCCCCACAUGAACACUUACUGCAUCCGCUGCUGCAAGGAGAAGGUAGACUGCAACACAGGCAAGUCCACCUAUGGUUGCGCCCUAAUCGUUCCAGGCGACUAUUCUGGACCCUCUGGCUCUGACCCUCUGCCUACCGGAUCAAUUCCUGCCACGGGUUCUACCUCUGUGAGUACUGCUUCCACUGCCACCAGCGCUACAACUUCUGGCGCAGUGACGACCGGCAAUCUCACGAGCAUUACCGUCACCGCUACGCCCUUGACGACCACCAUAACUGGCUCGACCACCACGGCCCCCACGCCUACUCAAACAACCAACGCUGCCAUCGCUCAAGGCCAUUCUUCUGGUCUCUUCGGAGCCGCUGCCGUCGCUAUCGCCGCCAUUCUCGCAUUUUAAUGAAGGAAACGUGCUCAAAAAGAACAUGUUAUAUUGUAUCAAGCACUAAUAUAUAGUAGAGUACGCGACGCAGACCAAAGGACCAGCGAUAGUACAGUCGAAUCUGGUUUAUCGGCCCAACUCACCAUACGAAACUGGGCCGAUAACUCUAAUUUGAAAUUGAAUUAAACCUCUCUGAAAGGACUAUUCUUAAGUCGAAAAA